GUAAAAGCGGUUGCGCGAUACAUUGCUCGUUAGCCGAGCCGAAAACGUGAGAAAGAAAAAAGAAAGGAAAACUAAGGCAGACGAAAAACUAUAAACAAAUACACGAUUUCAGUACACGAAUAUACAAAAUUGCAUAAAUUUGCGCUUGAUCGCAAUAAAUAGAUGUCAAAAUAGAAAUUUUUGCAAAAAUAAAUAGCAAAUAAACAAUAAUAAUACGGUUACACUGAAUUGGAAAAUGUUCCCGAUCGCAAUCCGCUUGCCUUACGCUGUGCGUGCAGUUCUGCGACAGCAAGUCAACAAACAAGUCAUAGGAUGUCGAAAUUUUGCAACGAGUAGCGAGAGCAGCACGCCAACGGUUACUGCCGAACACCCGCUUAAGGGCCUACGCAUUCUCGAUAUGACGCGCAUCAUAUCGGGCCCAUACUGCACCAUGGUAUUGGCUGAUAUGGGCGCCGAAGUCAUCAAGAUUGAACGCCCAUUUUAUGGUGGCGAUGAGUCGCGCAAAUGGGGACCGCCAUUUUUGGAGCACAGUAAAGAUUCCGCUUAUUUCUUGGCGAUUAAUCGUAAUAAGAAGAGUGCCGCAAUCGAUUUGAAGCGUGGCAAGGAUAUAAUUUAUGAGCUUGCGCGUAAAUGUGAUGUGCUCGUGGAGAACUAUGUGCCGGGCAAAUUGGCUGAGUACGGUUUGGAUUAUGAGCAAAUGCGCAAAGUCGCACCGCAGCUCAUCUAUUGUUCAAUGACCGGUUAUGGUUCGGUGGGUCCGUACGCUAAACGUCCGGGUUACGAUGUGAUUGCCUCAUCGAUUGGCGGUCUAGUGCAUAUAACCGGUGAACCCGAUGGUCCGCCAUGCAAGGUGGGUGUGGCAGUUACCGAUGCAGCAACCGGUCUGUAUGCGCAUGGCGCCAUUUUGGCCGCUUUACUACAGCGCGAACGUACGGGGCAUGGUCAGAAAAUCGACGUCAAUCUGCUGUCCACCAGUGUGUCGCUCCUAAUCAAUGUGGCUAGCAAUUAUUUGAAUGCCGGCCUAGAGGCACAUCGCUGGGGCACUGCACACUCGAGUAUCGUACCAUAUCAGAGCUUCAAAACCGCCGAUGGCUAUCUAACCAUUGGUACUGGCAGUGAUGAUCAGUUCCGCGAAUUAUGUCAGUUACUCGAAAUUAGCGACAUUUCGACGAAUGCAAAAUUUAAAACAAAUAAGGAUCGUGUUUCCAAUCGUACAGAAUUGAUAGCGUUGCUUGAGAAUAUCUUGGCAAAGAAGACGUCGAGAAGUUGGAUGCAACAAUUCGAAGGUGCCUCGUUUCCGGUGGGUCCCGUGAAUAAUAUACGCGAAGUGUUCGAGGACGAACAUAUUCAGGCAAUUGGUUUGGUAAAAACUUUGCCACAUCCCAGCGAUGGCAGUGUGAAAGUGGUCGGGCCACCUGUCGUCUUCAGUGAAUCGAAAAAUGAUGCACGCACAGCUCCCCCCCUGAUGGGGCAACAUACAGAUGAGGUGUUAUCAGAGCUCUUAGGUUACAGUGCUGAACGAAUUGCCGAACUUAGAGACAAGAAAGUUAUAGAAUAAAUGUGCCUACAAACUCCUGGUCUUGUGAUAUUAACCCAGUGCAUUUAUAGUUUAAUAAGUGGAACUAGAAAAGACCUUAAAUAUAUUAAUUGUGGUGUUAAAUAAGUUUAAAAAUUUAUAAUCUAAAAAUUUUUCAAAAUAUUUGUA